CAGCCGCCAGGCUUGUGCACCCUCCCCUUCUCCCGACCACUACUGCGCUGCCAGGGGCGGAUCCCGCCCAGAACCUAUUGGGUGUAGGAGAAAUAGAGAGCACCUUUCCCAACAAGAGAGCCCGUGGGGGCUGCCGCAGCGCCGCCCCACUUCUCCCCAAAACCAAGACAUGGCGAGCGUGCCUAGGAAGCUGGAGCUGUUCUACGACGUGCUGUCCCCCUACUCCUGGCUGGGCUUUGAGAUCCUGUGUCGGUAUCAGAACAUCUGGAACAUCACCCUUCGUCUUCGCCCAACCUACAUAGCAGGGAUCAUGAGGAAAAGUGGGAACAAACCACCUGCCUUGCUACCCCAAAGGGGCAAAUACAUGUUUAUGGACCUCCAGUACCUAAGGGAGUUUUACCAGGUUCCCAUCCAGGUUCCCAAGGAUUUCUUCUCUGUCAUAUUAGAAAAAGGGAGCCUGACUGCCAUGCGAUUCCUCACUGCUGUCAACAUGGAGAGCCCUGAGAUGUUAGAGAGAGUGUCUCGAGAGUUGUGGAUGCGUGUCUGGUCACGAGAUGAAGAUAUUACUGAACCCCAGAGCAUCUUGGCUGCUGCAGAGAAAGCAGGACUUUCUGAGGAACGGGCUAAGGGUCUACUGGAAAAGUGUUCAACUGACAAAGUGAAGAACAAUCUAAAAGAGACCACAGAUACAGCCUUCAGUUAUGGGGCCUUUGGGCUGCCCAUCAUAGUGUUCCACACGCAUGACAAAUCCCACAUGCUCUUUGGCUCUGACAGGAUGGAACUGCUGGCCCAUCUGCUAGGGGAACGGUGGCUGGGCCCAGUGCCCAGCCCUGUGAAAGGCAAACUCUGAACACUUAGAGAAGAAGAGGAGCUGUCCAACCCUAGGAGCCAGCUCCUUCCUCCCCACAACAUCCUUGUAAUGGAAUCCAGGAUGCUGGGGCUCUGUAUUCCCAUAGUCUCAUGUUUGGGGAAAAUGUGGUAUGGCAUCCUGAACUUGCAUUCCUGGGGUUGUCCUAUUCCUCCUGCUCACAAGUGCCUUAGGUAGGGCCCCAACUUUCAUUGUUUGAACCAAAUAAACUCCCCAUUUGGGAAGACACUUGUGUGCCUGUCACCA